AUGGCGCUUCAUUUCAUUUACAGUCUGUUGCCCCUCCUUAUCCUCCGCGGUGCGGCCUCCAAUCCAAGCAAUGCACCACCACACGGUCGAGUCGAUGGCCCAAAGCAUCAUGGUCCUCCCAAGUGUCAUGGUCCAGACUUCGUGCCUGAUCACAUCUUGCGCUUGACGUACGAGGAGGUCAACAUCGGCUGCCAGACUCGACCUUCUGUACUGGUCAAUGGCAGCCUGCCGGGUCCUACGUUACGCCUGAAGCCGGGCAAGACCAGCUGGAUUCGGGUGUACAAUGAUAUGGAAGACUACAAUACAACAAUGCACUGGCACGGCCUAAGCCAGCGGACAGCGAUCUUCUCGGAUGGCACACCUUCCGCGAGCCAGUGGCCCAUUCCGCCGCUCCACUUCUUCGACUACGAGGUUCGUCCCGAGAAGGACGAUGUUGGCACAUAUUUCUACCAUUCCCACGUUGGCUUCCAGAUGGCGACUGCAUCAGGACCACUGAUCGUAGAAGAUGGGGGCCAACCUCCCUAUGAUUACGACGAAGACAUGAUGGUGCAUCUAAGCGAUUACUUCAACAAGACAGACACAGCGAUUGAACGCGGGCUUGUCGCCGAUCCUUUCGUUUGGUCGGGCGAGACAAAUGCAGUCUUGAUAAACGGCGUCGGCGUUCCGAUCGGUGAAGAAGCUGGUAAAGACGGCUGCUGUCGGUUGCCCGUGCUCCAUGUUGAGGCAGGCAAGGCGUACCGUAUGCGCUUCAUUGGGGCAACCGCGUUGUCAAUGGUACAACUCGCGUUCGAAGACCAUGAGAAUCUCACAAUCAUCAAUGCAGACGGGCAUUACACCAAGCCGCACUCCGAGCGCUUCAUGCAGGUCUCUACCGGCCAACGUUUCGACGUGCUUUUCCAAGCUAAAACGCAUGCCGAGCUGGCAGGCAAGAAUGACUACCUCAUACAGUUUGAGACCAAAGACCGUCCCAGUGUGUACACUGGUUAUGGAGUUUUGCGAUACGGAGGUGGCAAGAAGAUUAUUACUCGAGGACCGGACAAGCCGCCAAUGUCGCUGCCUAGUGCCACCUACGCAUGGCUGGAGUAUGCCCUCGAGCCACUGGAACCAAACAACUUCCCCACCUCAGAUGAUGUGACGAGGCAACUCACCAUCUACGACAGGCAGGUAUUGACCCAAAUUGACAUUUGGAGGCUCAACGGCGAUCAGUGGAACGACUCGACCAUCUACAACACUCCUGGCGAUCGUCCGUAUCUGAUUGAUAUCUACGAGCGAGGCCCCAAAGCGAUCCCGAACUAUGAAGCCGCCUUGGACAACAAAGGCUGGGAUCCAUAG